AUGAUCAAUACCAAGGUAACAGAAACAUAUCAUGUCAACUUAAAACUAGACCGUCUUAAAAAAUCUGGGAAUCUUGAUGGUGCAAUUAAGCUGUUUGAUAGUCUUAACGAAUUCGACAUUAAAAAAGAUGUUUAUACUUAUAAUUGUAUGAUUCAUAUAUACACUUUGAAAAAUGAUAUGAACAAAGCAGUUGAAUAUUAUGAAGAAAUGUUAUCAAAUGGAAUAGAAGCUGAUUCGGUAACUUACUUAACAUUAAUAGACGGAUUCGGAAAGCAAAAAAAUACAAAAAAAGCUCUGGAAAUUUAUAAUAAAAUGUUAUCUUUUAAUAAACAACCAACAAUGAAAAUUUUUUCCUCUCUUAUGAAUUUAUACAUGAAAGAAGAUCAAGGAGAGCACGCAGAAAAAAUAUUUAAAGCCAUGAAAUCGAUUAAAAUGCAACCUGAUAUUAGAUUAUAUAAUACUCUUAUACGCAAUUCAAUAAUUAAAUUAAAUAUGAAAGCUGCAAAUCAAUUUUAUAAUGAUAUUAUAAAGUCCGGAAUAGAACCAGAUGUAUACACAUUUGCUAUGAUGAUUGAUGGUUAUUUAAAAAUUGGUGAUCAAGAAAGUGCAACAAAGAUUUAUUCAUAUAUGAUAAAUCGUGGAAUAAAUGUUAAUACAGCUGUUAUUAACAUUUUAAUGCAAUUACAUUUUGAAAAAAAUGAAUCACAAAUGGUUCAUAAUGUUUUUGAUAAAUAUUUUUCAAAUCUUUCAUAUAAUAAUAAAAUACCGCCAGAUAUUAAAUCUUGGACAAUUUUUUUGAAAUCAAAAUUACGACUUACAAAAGAUAUUAAAGUAGCUUACGAUAUAUAUAAGGAAUUUUUGAUGCAAAUUGACAAUAAUUUAAAUUUUCAACUUUUACCGGAUUGUCAUGUUUUUAAUCUUUUUCUUACAAUAUUUGCUCAUAAUUAUGGAAAUAUGAAUAUUUCCCAAGAAGUUUAUGAUGAAAUGAUUAGAAGAAAUAUUUUACCUGAUGUUGUAACUCACACCAUAUUAAUUGAGGGUUAUGCUUUAUUGGGUCAAGUUGAAAAUGCAAAUAGACAAUUUCAAAUUAUGAAAUCUAAUAACAUUAAACCUAAUGUAUUUACUUAUACAAGUUUAAUCAAAGCUUGGGCUCAAGUUUGGAGAGUUGAUAAGAUUAAACAAAUUUAUCAAGAAAUGAUCGAAUCUGGUAUAAAACCUCAUAGGGCAACUUAUCGUGUGUUAGCUUCUAUAAAAAAUUCAAAUUCUGUUGUUUCUUUAAAACAAAAAAGUUCUUCAAAUUUACCUAUAUCAAGAACACCACAACAUGUUAGAGAUACAACAAAACUAUAUGAUAAACUUGAAAAAGCUCAAGAUUCUGAAACUGUUUAUAUUCUUUUUGAAAAUUUUUUAAAAAAAUUAUGA